CCCUCUUGGUGUUUACCCUAACCAAAUUCUGCGAUAAGCAUUCCAAUAAUCGAAUGAUCGAGGCUGUGGAGAAUGGGGAAUGCUUCAGCGUCUAUGUUAGUUUGUCCAUGAGUCCCAAACCCAGGCCGCCUCUUGCUCUCAUGCGUCGAUGCUACUAUAUGGGUUUGGGGAAGAUUAUGAGCUAUUCAAUUGUCACUCAAAUCGAAUGGAAGCUGAAGAGGAUUUGUGGAGAUACACGAUUGCCAAGGCCAAUUCAUGCUGAAAACCUCUGUGAUGAAGUCAACUCUGUUUGUCUGUUGAGUCGAACAGAAAGUUAAAGAAUCUAUUUUCAAGGCUACCGGGUUAUUAUAAGCCUCCUUAGUGUGUUCUGUUUACUUUGGCUACCUUUUGGUCUUUAAUAUGGUGAAGCGUUUCAUUCCUAGCUUCCGUGCCAACUACGAAUUGAUUGUUACUGUUGAAAAAGUUGUUCUGGCAUGGUCUUGCAUUGUGGGAGGAACACUACUUCUACUUCCUUUGUAAGAACAAUAAAUCAGAAGCACACACUUACGUUUCAAACUAUGCUGACGGUGAACAAUUUAGUCGUUAAGAACAAAGAUCACUCUUUGUAUCUGUUGCGCUCUGCCCCUUGGAGUACAGUUGAUCUGUAUAUCUUCCACUGGAUAUUUCGUGCUCUUUGCGUAUUGUAACCACUGCCUACUUUUUUUUUGUAGAAUGACAUCUAACAAUUGUAGAUGGUGUACUGCAGAAAAUGCCAAACAAGACAGCAGCAUCUAAGAAGGCUGCAGUCAGGGCUGUCAAGCUUUUCAUCCUGGGUGUGAUUUUGCAAGGAGGUUAUAUUCAUGGACGACACAGUUUAACGUAUGGUGUCGAUUUGGAUCAUAUUCGAUGGAUAGGUGUGUUGCAGAGGAUAGCCAUUGGAUACUUUGUAGCAGCAGUAUCAGAGAUUUGUCUUGUCAACAAUAAUUUGGUGGAUUCGCCUGUAUCAUUUGUGAAGAAAUACUCCAUGGAGUGGAUCAUGGCCAUAAUGAUUGCAAUACUUUAUGUUGGCUUGGUAUUUGGCCUUUAUGUUUCAAAUUGGGAAUUUGAAGUUCAAACUAGCAAUUCAACCCUUUCAACUCCAAGCAAUGAAGUUGAAAUUAAGAUGAUUCAGUGUGGCCUUAGAGGUAGUCUUGGACCACCUUGCAAUGCAGUUGGUUUUGUAGAUCGAGUUUUGCUCGGUGAAAAUCACCUGUACAAGAACCUAAUCUACAAAAGGACUAAGGAAUGCAGUACCAAUUCUCCUGAUCAUGGACCACUUCCUCCAAAUGCACCAGACUGGUGGCUGGCUCCAUUUGAUCCUGAGGGUUUGUUAAGUACACUGAUGGCUGCAGUGACUUGCUUUGUUGGUCUGCAUUUUGGACAUGUGUUAAUUCAUUGCAAGCGAAUGCUAUUAUGGCUGCUAGCUUCGACAGUGUUGACUGUCUCUGGGUUUUUGGUUUUUACUACAAUUAUUAGGCAUGCCUUUAAGCAAGCCUUUGUAUACAGUGAGUUACAUGCUACUCACUGGUGGAGCAUCUGGAUUCCUGUUGUUACUGCUAUACUACACAGUUGAUGUUAUUCAUAUUAAGUAGCCCUUUAUACUAUUCCAGUGGAUGGGCAUGAAUGCACUUCUAGUCUACGUUCUGACUGCUUGUGAGCUGUUCACUACGCAUAUCCAGGGCUUUUAUUGGCGGUCACCCGAGAACAACCUGGUAAGUGUCUUCUGUGUUGCCUCAUUUGUGAUGUAUUCUCACAUUUACACCAAUUUAGUACGCAAAUCCAACUUUAGCAGGAGUGAUUAUCUUAUGUUGUUGGUUAUACCCUUGUUUCAAGAAAAAGAAAAAUCUGCCAAAUAUAUUACUGUUUCUCAAGGGGAACCUUGGCCUUUGUCAUCCUAGAGAUAGUCUUUUGGUGCUUGGCCUGUGGCUUCCUCCACAUGAAAGGCAUAUACUUGAAACUGUAGAACCAAUGAUCUACAUACCGUGAUCCACCUUCCCUGUAAAUAUUGGUGUAGCAUCUCUACAGCGCACUUCGUAACACAGAGAGAGCUGGCAGGUAAGUACUGCUGCCAUGUCUGCUGCCAACACGAGGUCAAUACUGAAAGAUGGAUCCCCUGCACAGCGUUUCAUUGUAAAUGUGAUGCUGAGUCGGAACCAUGGGUGUUUUGGUUGAUUUUAGCAGUUUGCCCCCAUGACCUCUUCCACCUCCAAAUAGCAACUUCUCACUAGAAGUUGGGAGUAGCGUUGCUGAGCAGUUUCUCUUGUACCAAAAAUUUGUGAAACAACAGUGCUGUUGCUAAAUUCAGGUUCUGAAUUGCAUAUGGUUUGUCUCUAGCCAGUACUCCCUGGUUCUGAAACAACCUGCUGGUUCUGAAAAAAAAAAACAAGGUGUGGAUGCCUGUGUAACACCCAGGACCACCACAAGCCUAGAGUGUUACCAAACUAACCUACAAGCCUGUUGAACUUU